CGGUGUAGACGCACGCUCUGCGCUCCCACAUCUCGUAAACACGGAAAUGAUUUAACCAAAGUCCAUAAGGAGAUCAGUUAAUGUUUUAUUGUUUUUUUUUAAUAAACUCCAUUGAACUUUUGUGUUAGUUUCCAGUGAUUGUGUUAAAAGGCCACGAUCUCGUAUCGUUUCCGGUUCAAACGAUGAUGCCGCAAUGUGUUAGUGCCAGUGCCAAAGUGAAAGUGUAGGGCCAGCAUGGGUUGCACGCCGAGCAUGCUGUUAGACCACAAGAACCGGCGGCGCGACAGCACCGGCUCGCAAGAAGCAGCUCUCGCCAAGAUAGCGCCAACACCGCUGUGCCAGAACAAAGCUGUCCAAGCUGCCAGGGCGCCCAGAGCCUCGCUGGAGUCAGACGGCUUCAGCAUACAGCUGUCCAGCAAGAAGGACAGCUAUGUGUCGCAAAUGGGUAAUAACUUUGCGACUCAGCUGCAUAUCAAGAGGAUAUCUGUAAUAAACACUGUGUGUGUUACUGGCUCGCACGAAGCAGCCCUUGCCAAGAUAGCGCCAACACCGCUGUGCAAGAAUAAAGCUGUCCAAGCUGCCAGGGCGCCCAGAGCCUCGCUGGAGUCAGACGGCUUCAGCAUACAGCUGUCCAGCAAGAAGGACAGCUAUGUGUCGCAAAUGGGUAAUAACUUUGCGACUCAGCUGCAUAUCAAGAGGAUAUCUGGUACGUUCACAAUAUGUGGAGGUCAAAAAAGUGUUUGCAGUUCUAGCGGCUCGCCGGGGCCACGAGCCGGGCGGCGCUCGUCGCUCGCUCUGACGCCUGAAGACGAGCCGCUGGUCGACCUCGCCAACAGGUCGCCGCCGCCUUCGCACGUCCCCUCUGCCCUCCUGUACGCGCCUCCCGAACCAUUAGAGCUGCUAUGCGUGUUCCCGGAGCGCGCGUCGCGUGUGUGCGCGGCAGCUUGCAACGCGGCGGCGAGGGCGGGCGGGGAGGCGCGCGCGGUGCGGGGGGCGAGGGAGGCGCUCGAAGCCUUCCGCCGCGACGCGGACGCGCGGCCGCCGCACGUCGUCGUGGUAGACGCGCGGCAGCCGCAGCUCAUGGACUCCACCUUGUUAGCACGAGCGAUUCGUGGUAUGAAGAACACUCAGCACAUAAUUCUGAUCGCCGUCGUCAAAAAAAGUGCAUAUCUCAAAGAUGACUUCGCCGUACUGCCUUAUUUGGAAGCUGGCUUUAACAGGGUGAUGGUAGAAACGCUGGGCGCGACGGCGUGGUGUGCCGAGAUGCUGCAGGCGCGUACUGCGGCGGCGACCGCGCGGUCGCAGGUCGGUGCGGUUGCGGCUCUGUCCGCCGCGGCCGACCGCUGCCGGGACCUCGUCGCCGUCACUGACGACCAGCAGCGGAUACUUCUCACAAACAAGUCAUGGUGCCGGGUAGUGGGAUGGAGGCCGGAAGACGGGCCGCGCGCCCUGACCGACCAGUUAUCCGGGGAAGCGCUCCGGCUCGCCGCAAGCGGGGUCAGGGACUGGGAAGCACCGGUCAUGCUCCGCCGGCGAGCCGCCCCGGACUCAGUGCUGCUGCCUUGCCGGGGCUCGGCAGUUGCUUUGGGCAGGCAAGUAUACAAACUACUUUACACUUCUCACGUAGUGUUCGUGUGCGAGCCGACAAACUCGGUGGACAGCGAGCGAGCGCGCGGUUCGCUGCACUCUAUACGGCGCGGCUCGCUCGACGUGCGCUCGGUCGCGUCCGACGGUCUGCGGCGAACGUCGCUGGCUAAGUUGCAGGGCCUGCCGUUGGAGGCGCCUAUCACUAAGGUAUUGUGUUGA